UGCACAAGCUGCAGAGCCCAAAGGAGGCUCUGGUCAUCUGGGAGGUGGGAGGGGGAGAGCAACUGGGCCUAUCCAUCCCCAGCACGGCAUCCCUUCAGUCCGUGUCCAAAAGGGAGAUUGCAGCUAUUUUUGGCGUCAGUUGUACAUCAUGCCUGAAGGUGUUGUAACACGAUAUGUACAAAUAACUGGAGGCCUUUGGCACCUGAAGGGAGCCUGUGUAAACCAAGUGAUGUGGCUCUGAGUUCUCAGCCAGCCUCAUCUCCUUCUCUUCUCUCCCUCCCCUUCUGCUCCCCCCUCCUUCUUUCUCUUUCCCUCUGUCAUUCUUCAAUGUUUAGCUGUACUCGAGACCUCCUGGAGUUAAAUCUCAAGUGGACGCAUCUUGUCUCAGCAGUGUCCUCCUUGGGAGCAAUGAUUUCCCAGAACAUCUGGAAGAGCAGUGGCCAAUUGUUUUGUUAAGGAAGAGACUCAUGCCACCAGCGGAAACUGUAGAGAGGCCCAUCUCUUGUUAGAGAGCUCAGGAGGGGAGAUUUCUGUAUCUGCUCCAGCUACAGCAGAAGUGCACUGUAUGCCGACACAGCUGGAGGGUGCGAUGGACACCUUAAUCAGGGUCUUUCACCAUUACUCAGCAAAAGAAGGGGAUAAGUAUAAACUCAAUAAAGGAGAACUCAAGCAGCUUCUUACCAGCGAACUCACUGACUUCCUUUCGUGUCAGAAGGAUCCCCAGUUGGUUGAUAAGAUAAUGAAAGAUCUUGAUAGCAACAGAGACAAUGAAGUGGAUUUUAAUGAAUUUGUGGUUCUGGUUGCUGCAUUGACUGUGGCAUGCAAUGAUUUCUUUGAAGAACAAAUGAAGAAAAAAGGACAAUAGAAUGGUUGCAAUCACCUUUGGGACAGGAUGGGAGACAGUAACUUCAGCUGGAUCAAGAUUUCAUCUUUUGAGUCUUUUGCCCCUAGUACUGAUGCUUGGCCUUCCCUUUUCUUCCAGCAACAAAAGCAUUCUUACCAACCCACCCACCCCUCUCUCUCUCUCAUCAGUGUAGACAAGCAAUUCAUUCAUAGGCUAAAGCUGCAAUCCUAAAUACUGUAUACUUAAUAGAAUGUAAGUCUCAUUAAACACAGUGGGAGAAAGCAUG